AUUCAUUUUCCAGCUCGGCUCAGUCUUGCUACUGGUGGUGCGGCCGUGACGCAGGGUGAGGCGGUUGAACGGAGCUGGCGAAGAACUGGUAAGCACCAAUCCAUAAAUUUUUUUUUAUUGAUUUUCCGAUUGACCAAUAGAAUGAGUAUACAAGUAAAGUUUUUUUUUUGUGUUAAAUUCAUUUAAUAUAAAUUGUUGGUUAUGCUGGAAUACGGCUUGCGUGAAUCCGAUUUCAAUCAGUUGCAGGAUUCCAGUUUCUUAGGGUUUUGAUUGGAGUUGAGGUUAGCCAUUUUGAUUUCUAGCUGCUGAAUUGAUUUCGCCGGUGCCUCAUUUGGUGCUUCAUUUUGGUUAUUCCUUAGAGGAUUACUAUUCAAUUGCUUAAUGUGUUUCAUAGAGACCUUUCGUUGUAUUGGUAAUUGGUUCUGGAACUUUGUUUCAUAGAGACCUUUAAUAACUAUAUAUGUAGGCUUACACUUUUCAGUUUGAUGUGAGACUUGUAAGUCUUGUAAUUGAUUGUGCUCUAUUCUUGUUCAGAGAACUUGUGAGUUUGCUCUUUUUAUGUUGGUUUCGGCGAAUUCACUCCUGCAUUAAUGUUUAAACAUAUCCUCUUUAUAGUUGCUCCCGUUGUUUCAAAUGAGCUAACUACUUUAGCUAUGUUCGCUGUUACACCUAAGCUUAAAGUGCGAAAAUCCCUUAUAAUUUUCUUAUUCUAGGGCAUAUUGAAGGGUCUCCCUAGGAAUGUCAAGGUUUCGUGGAUUAUGGCAAGCUUCUGUCAAUGCUACUAAACGAGCUCUGACAUGGAAUGUUGAUGACUGGGCUCCUCCAACUGAGAAGUACAUAUUCUCUUUCAGUUCCAAGGAUGAGCUCAAAAAAUGGCAUUUAUACUCAGACUCUGAAUAUGGAGGUUUGUCCUCAGCAUCUCUAGAAAUCAAGGAUGCUGAAAGUGCAUCAAGUUCUACCGGUGUAUUUUCGGGGAAUCUAUCUACUGAUAUCUCUGAGGGUACAAAAUGGAAUAUGAGUCGAAGUGGCUUUUGUGGAAUGCGUUCUAAGAAGUUUGAUGGAUUUAUUGACUUGGAAUCAUAUGAUACGAUAGCCCUGAAACUUAAAGGAGAUGGAAGAUCCUACAUUUCUACGAUUUAUACGGAAAAUUGGGUAAAUUCUCCUGCACAACUUGAAGAUAACUCGUGGCAAGCGUUUGUUUUUGUACCUAAAGACAACUGGUAUAUAGCCAAGAUACCUAUUUCCCGAUAUCUUCCAACGUGGAGAGGGAAUGUGAUCGAUGCAAAUUUGGAAAUGAAUCCAUCUAGAGUUGUCAGCAUGUCUCUAUCGGUCAAUGCUGGAGGUGGAGUUCCCGGUUCCAGGACCGGUUCAGGUGAUUUUCGUGUUGAAAUUGAAUGGAUCAAAGCCUUGCGAACCAUGCAGUGAUUUGUAACUAACUUUUGUUGGACAUACAUCAAUUGUCUGCAAGCAAGGUUUACAUCUCAUACUAUGGCAUUGGGAGAUGGACAGUUUUCCCCUCAUGUUCAAAAGAGCUAGUUUUGUCUAGUAGAAUAAUUGAAAAUCAUAUGUUUGGUAAGUUUCUAUUGACUGAAAAUGAAGUUCAUCAAAAUUGCAUCCUUUUUAGGUUACUUUAUUCAAAAUAUGGAAGCUUUGGUAGAGGAACUGUGCAUUAACAGAUCAAUGAAUGUAUGCUUCUCGUUUUUGUGGUUUUCAAAUAUAGUAGUGUGUGUAAGGAGAAGACUUGACAAAAUUCUAACAAAAGAUCUUUGGUCACUUUCACUACCAAAAAAGAAAAGGAAGAAUCGAUGCUUCAUUAUGGACUACUAGUUAUUGUGCCAUUUUAACUAAGAUAGCCGAGAUACUAUUUAGAAAAAGGCCAGGGAAAGCAAAACAACCACACUGGCUGCAUUGGACACGUGAGUUCCAGGAGCUUCCUAGGCCUUCUGUGGCUGAAAGUCACGUGGGCUUUUUCGGCAAUUUUCUCGAGCACUAAUUCAUAAGUCUCAUUCUUAGGACCACUUCUUGGGUGGAUGAAUGGAUGGAUGGAUGACAUGCUUGAAUUGAAAUGUAGUUUAGAAGCUUCUUUUCUUCAGCUGUCAAUUCAUCAGACAGUUUGUUUUUCAGUCUCCAAUCUAAUGAUUUAGUUUGAGAAAUUUGACUUUGUUGUCUUAAAUGUGUAACAUUUGCACUAGAUGUGUGAUGAAAAAUGGUUAAUGUUGAUCAUAGUUACAUUAGUAGCCUAGGGCAGAAGCUAAUAUGUCACUGAACUACUGGAGUGCUGUCAAGAAGUCCUAGAUUUGUGAUGGUCCCAGGAAUCUAAGGAAGUAUAACUUUUGGUUUGUUGUUACUUGUUACCAGUUUGUGGAUCAGGUGGAAUCUCCAGUCAGUUUUUUUCCAGAGUUUUUGAGAAGAAAUAUGAACUUUUUUUUUUUUUACUUGGGGUUUUUACAGUUUUGAAUCAGUCAGCCAUUCCAUUCAUUCAUUCACUCAUGGUGGAGCUGGGAAUUAAAAGCAAGUUGGAUUAGGAACAUUGCACCAUACAUAUGCAUGGAGUCAGAAAAAUAAUUGAAUUGUUUGCUUUUAGUUCAUUCAUUCCAGUAGAAAGCAUUACUUUUUUUGCAAGUUGCAAACUGCAACUCUCUUCAACUGCAAGUUGAUGGUAGAGUAAUUGCUGAUUGGCUUAAUCCACCUUUUUUCAGAAAAAGAUGGUAAACGUUUUCUACCAGGUUCUUUUUAGGCUUUUAGCACUUAAAUGUACGUUUGUACACUAGCAGUGUCGUAUUCCUACUGUUUAAAAGAAAAAGGGUUCCCAAUUUGCGUUCUCUUUUUCUUUUCCUUUGUUGUGCAGAAGAAGUAAAAAAGGGAGAGGAAAAAAAAAAAAAAGGUGAUUUGAUAGACAAGAUAUUGCAACUUAAUCAAAUGGGGUCAACUUUGUUUUCCAAAUAAAUCAUCAUUCAAUUCAUAAAGUAAAAUGCAUUGUCUAUCUACGUAGACUAC